AUAGUUUUUUUAUUGUAUCAUCUAUUUUAAUAUUUGAAAGUUAUCGUCUUUCGUAGUUACAAGAAUCGACAAUAGAUGACGGAAGUGCAGUGCGUGCGACCGGCGGCGCAAUGUUCUCUGCCAAAAAGGGCAGACGAGUGAUGUGAAAAUUGUCAAAUAUUUUGUGCGAGAUCGUAUACCGCUCUGAGAUUAAGCGUGUAAGGGUAUCUUAACGAUGUCCAGUACUCUAGAAAAUAAAAUAUUAAAUUUGCAAGAGCGCCUUCGAGCGGAAAAUGAAUCGAGAGAUAGAGAUAGGCAAAGCAGCGAGGUUGGCUCAGGAACGGGCCUGCAACCGUCAUCGUCGGGUUCUGCUUCAAGUCCUGCCGUACGCAGGCCAAAGCAACUUGGCGAAAUGGGUACCCCUACUCGAUUAAGAAGGCAGCUGGAUCUGCCAGUAUCACAAAUGGUACCUCCAAAGAAGCAUGACAGUGAAUUUGAAUCUAAGUUGCAAGAAAUAAUGAAAAUGAAUGGUAUUCUAAAUAUAAAUGGUCAAAGAUAUCAAACAGAAAUGAAAGACUUAGAACAUCUAGGAGAGCUAGGUAAUGGUACUUGUGGACAUGUUGUGAAGAUGAGGCAUAAACCCAGUGGAGUAGUUAUUGCAGUAAAACAAAUGAGACGUUCUGGAAAUGCAGAAGAAAAUAAAAGAAUUAUAAUGGACUUAGAUGUUGUAUUAAAGUCACAUGAUUGCCCAUAUAUUGUACAAUGUUUGGGUUGUUUUAUUACUGAAUCUGACGUUUGGAUUUGUAUGGAACUAAUGGCAACAUGUUUGGACAAGCUAUUAAAAAGAAGUAGGCAAGCCAUACCAGAGGAUUUCUUAGGAAAAGUUACAGUAGCUACAGUGAAAGCCCUUUCGUACCUGAAGGAAAAGCAUGGUGUAAUUCACAGAGAUGUAAAACCUAGUAAUAUUCUUCUUGAUGAAUCAGGAGGAGUAAAAUUAUGUGAUUUUGGAAUAUCUGGUCGAUUAGUUGAUAGUAAAGCAAAAACUAGAAGUGCAGGAUGUGCUGCUUACAUGGCUCCUGAAAGAAUAGAUCCUCCAGAUCCAACAAAGCCAGAUUAUGAUAUACGAGCUGAUGUAUGGAGUUUGGGUAUUACCUUAGUUGAACUAGCGACUGGUGUAUUUCCCUAUCGAGAUUGCAAGACUGAUUUUGAGGUAUUGAGCAGAGUGGUACAGGAUGAUCCUCCGUCCCUUCCUUCAGAUGCACCUUUUUCUAAGGAGUUUCGAGGUUUUGUCAGUUGCUGCCUUACAAAAAACUAUAAACAUCGACCCAAAUAUCAUAAACUUAUGGAACAUCCUUUCAUACGCAAGUAUGAUGUUUCGCAAGAUGAAGAUACAAAUUCUUCUUUAUCUAAUGCUGGCUGUCAGUGGUUUGGUAGAGUUAUGCGACAAUUGGAACCAAGUUUCAGGUUGCCAGAGGGACAGCAGCGAGUUACUGGUCAUGUGUCCCUAAAACAAACUGCUCAUUUGAGGGUACAGUCUGAAAUACCAUCUUUCUUAAAAAGUAAUACCACCAAAGAGACACAGAAUUCCAGUUUUCUACCAUUUCAUCAAAGAUCUAGUAGCGAAAAUGGUGCUACUUAUGUAUCCUGUAGUCCAUAUAUGCUCAGACGAAAAGAAAUUUCCAGGCCGUUCUCCCCGCCGAUGAACAACGAAGUUCAACAAAGCGAAUUGAUUCAACGAUAUCAACGAUCUUUUUCACCUUACAGACAAUCGAUUGAACAAAAUAAAGAUUACGUCUUGAAUCGUUGUUCCAAUGGUCAAGGUAAAUCAGAAGGAAGAUCGUAUUCACCAUAUAGACAAGACACGAAUAUAACAGACUCAGGAAAUAGACCAUAUUCUCCUUACCACGGACGUUUCGAAGAACGAGAUAGCAACAAGGAUCGAUGGCAGAACAUUUCACGAUCUUUGAGUCCUUUCGCACGAGAUUAUUCUCCUUGGCGGCGUGAGAAUGUUGAUCCUCCAGGUGUAAUACAACCACCUUGUGAAAGUGGUCGAUAUUCUCCAUUUUUGCAGCAAAGACUCGGUCAGAUUCCAACUGCACCCCAAACGCAUCCACAAAGUCAGGAUAUAUACGGAAGCCCUAUGAUUAGUCGUAAGAGGUUUCCUUCGGAACCACCUCCUCAAGGCUCUCAUGGUACCACCAGUCCUCAAUUAUUAAUAUCACGUUUUGCACACCAAUUAACACAAGAGCCACCCCCGAUGAUGCCACCGACUCAGGGUGGAUCGAAGGAAUCUGCAAAGAAACGUUUUGCGUCGUACGUUCGUCUUAGGCUCGGGAGUGAUCGUGCUCCUUCACCGGAGCCACCGCCGAGAUUGAGUCGCGGCGAAUCUCCUCUUGCAUUAAGAAGGAAUUUAGAUCAACAAUCUCCUUCUUUCUCUAGAAGGUACAUCUCGCCUUCUCCACCCCAACCUCCGCCUAGGAGAUUGUCAGAAAGUAAUUCAGUACCUGGCAGCCCUCAGCACGUACGAGCUCGUUUACGUUACACUCCUGAACCUCAAAGAAGACCUCCGCCACCAUAACCCACCGUUAAUAUUAAAUUUGAUCCUUUAUUGGUGCCAUACACAAAAAGCGUCGUUCGAGCCAUCACGUGCGUCUAAUAUAAGGAGAAGGGAGGGUAUCGUACUUCAACGAGGAUCGCGUACAAAGAAUUUGUCUUUAUGGUGUUCUUACAUAGUGUGUGGAUAAAAGUUAAAGAAAUGAAAAUCUUUAAUACUCGAGCACCUCUACGAAUAAAAGGGCUUGUUCUUCGAGUCGUAUAUAUUUACAUAUGGUGUCGAGGACCGUUCGUGUAUAUAAAAGAAAGAGUAAGCUCUUUUCGUUAUAAGGGAACGGUCUGUGAAACUAAUCUUUGCACAGCUUUCAUGACCAUGACGUGUAACGUGUUGAACUACUCUCAAUCGUCAAUGAUUCUCUUAUCGACAUAUAUUUAUAUAGAAAUGCAAUACGAUGUUCGACUUUUUAUAUCGCUUGUAAAAACAUGAAAAAAAGGAAAAUAAGUUACUCAUUUUUCUAAAAUCAUUAAUCAUGAGGGGUAGGGAGGGGAGGAAAGGGAGCCGCGACUAAAUCUACGUAUCGAAUGCGUAAACCGUUCCUAUCGUUCUUCGUUUACGCUUCUUUUUUGAAAAUAAAAAAAAAAUAAAAUCCACGAGAUACAUAGGUUAUUUGGGACAAAGACUGGUCUGCGAAAAUCGCAAUCGCUCUCUUUUUCCCUGGACGGCCUUGCAACGAUGCUCGUUAAUCGAAUCAACCCUCAGCGAAUUUUUCCACGUUUUAUUAUCGUUUGUAAUAUACCAAAUGAACUGCGGCCGUAGUUAGGAACGAUCUAACGCAAACCAAAUCGCAAUAAGAAGUAUCGUUCUAAACGGGGUAAAAAAUAUCCUGUGUAAAAAGGAUGGCACAAUUUUCGCGCCUCUGAGACUCUAUAAAAUUUCUAUCUAUGUAUAUUAUUUAAGAGAGGCGUGUGUUUGGGCUAAGACGCGUUGUAAUUAUUCUUAAUUAACAUUUAUUCAUUAACUUCGUGUAGUCAACACGCGUAAUUUUUACUCUUUGUCGCUUAUUUGACAAUGGAGAAUCUGUUGCAAUGUAAAUAAACUUAUAUUUAUACGAA